GUCGCAGUACACCCUGCUAACGUGGAAGGUUUCCGGUGUUAUGGCGACCACCGGCAUCAUCGCUGCUUCAGUCAGAGACAGCAGGCUGUGUAUUUAGAGCGCUGUGAAGACAGGCAGCUGUUUCAUAUGUCUGCCUGUCCUUCUGACUAUGCUGCUCUUGGUAGCGCUGGGCAUAGUUUUCCCCCCCGCUGCGGUCAGCGUUGUGACGGCUGAGGUCACCGACCACAACCUGGCUUCACCCCUGCUGAACUACAGCAGGAUCUCCUUGCCGCCGGAGCACAUACUCUAUUUUCUCAGCAACAAUAAGAAGGUCGCCAAGUUAUGCCGCCAGGACCCACUCUGCCCUUUUAAAGAUGCUUCGCAGAAUCCGUCGCUCUGUUGGGGCUACGAGAAAAACUGCGAUGCAGAGAAACGCUUCAGCUAUCCUGUCUGCACCAAGGCUAACUCCGGAUGGGCCCGUUCGCUGGACGCAGCCCAGGAGCUUUUCUGGAAGCAGGCUGAUUUUGGUUACGUCAAGGAGCGACUCUCUGAACUCAAAACACUCUGCAAGGCCGGCGAGCCGGGAGACUCAUCAUUAAAAUGCAGCAGCUACGCAAGAUUCUGCAGGGCAACAAAUCUUUACCUGGACUUGCGAAAUCCACGCAGAAGUCACGAGAGGUAUGACGAGGACUUUAUCCGUACGGGGGAGAUUGGCGGACGCUGCAAACUGAACAAGCAAGCGCUGGCAGCUGAAGGAGAUCACAAGAGUCCUCUGCAGUCCUGGUACGCUGAACUACAGACCUACUCUGAACUGAACUUCCGUCCCGUGGAAGAUGGCCACUGUGACAUCAUUAUAGAAAAACCAACAGUUUUCAUGAAACUUGACGCAGGGGUGAACAUGUACCACCAUUUCUGUGACUUUGUGAACCUCUACAUCUCUCAGCACAUUAACAACUCCUUUAGCUCAGAUAUCAACAUUGUCAUGUGGGACACGAGUUAUUAUGGUUAUGGUGAUCUGUUCAGGGAAACAUGGCAGGCCUUCACAGACUAUGACAUCAUCCACCUGAAGACUUAUGACUCUAAAAGAGUGUGCUUUAAAGAUUCCUUCUUCUCCCUUCUUCCAAGAAUGAGAUACGGUCUCUUCUACAACACGCCUCUAGUCACUGAUUGCCACACUGAAGGGAUGUUUAGGGCGUUUUCUCAGCACGUCCUGCAUCGGCUUAACAUCCCGCAAAACGGACCAAAGGAGGGGCGAGUUCGUGUCACCCUGCUGGCGCGCAGCACAGAAUACAGACGGAUCCGAAAUCAAGUGGAACUGGUCAAUGCCCUCAAGACUGUGCCUCUGCUGGAGGUCAGUGUGGUGGACUACAAGUACAAGGACGUUCCCUUCCUGGAGCAGCUGAGACUCACCCACAGCUCAGACAUCUUCAUAGGGGUGCACGGCGCCGGACUCACACACCUCCUCUUCCUCCCUGACUGGGCUGUCAUCUUCGAGCUAUAUAACUGUCAGGAUGAGAGCUGCUAUCGAGAUUUGGCUCGCCUGCGGGGGAUUCGAUAUGUGACUUGGCAGAAAAUGGACAAAGUUCUCCCCCAGGACAAGGGCCAUCAUCCGACACUUGGGGACCAUCCUAAGUUUACCAACUACUCCUUUGAUGUGGGGGAGUUUAUGCGCAUCGUGCUGGAGGCAGCUGAUUAUGUCACUCGGCAUCCCAAAUGGCGGCGCGGCAUCCGUCACGAUGAACUCUGAAGCGUCUGACGCCUGCAGCGGAGGUCUAUGCUUGAAUUUUAAACAGAGCGUGUUUUAAGGGCGUUGCUAAAAGUUACCUCACCGACCGGCAAAAUCUCAGUCGUGCUACGUUCGCCACCUCCGGUCUGCCGCUCCGACAGAUCCGGAUGAAAGACAGAAGGACGACAGCAGCUCCCGUUUGAGUAGCUUUCACUAGCCUUUUUAGUGUCGGAUCAGUUAAAGGCUGCGCGGAGCUGAAGCAGCUGGAGAGCGAUCAGACGUCCCCCCAUGUUUCUUCAUUACCUCUGCAGCAGCCACUUCAUUCCACGUCGUCAAAGUUGGUAAAUGAGCAGCUGUUUCGGCAUGCCUUCACGUGCGACAUCCUGUCCGCUUCGAUCAGCGUCACGUUGACGGGAGGCUCGCGAGGGCCGCUGACAAUCACGGUACAGUUUUUGCGAGCGCAGCCGGCAGAAACCAGCCGAAUGCCAAGGAUAGUCUCGCACCUGGAGUAAAACACGUCCCCGUGGUGUUACUUUAAGUUUUCACUGCGCUACUAAGGCGUAAAAAUACAUCCAUUGAAAUCUCAGAUCAAUGUUGCAUAACUCUAUAGGUGUGUUUUUACACGCUGACCCUUGUGAAAGUGUUCAACACCCCGAAAUAUUUCCACAUUUUGUCACAUUACAGCCACUUUUCACUGUAUUUGAUUUGCUUUUGUACUUGAUAGAACUCAAAGUAGCGUAGAGUUGUGAAGUUGAAUAAACUGAUUCUAAAUGUUGUCUAAAUUUUGUUAGAGAUGAAAAUCUGAUGCCCCUAAAUACAACCCAGUGCACCCAAUUUUCCUGCAGAGGUCCACGGCUCAUGUGGAAGAAUUUGUUGAAUGGUGCAUCCCGCACUUCUGGUUCUACAAAGUAUGAAUUUGGGGGCCGAUAUACAAAUGCAGACCACACUUCUCAGAUUUUAUUUGUAACAAAAAACCCCCAAAAAACCAUAAAGGCAGUUCUUCAUUUUUGUUCCACUUUAUAGUAAUGAGCUACUUUAUGCCAGUUUGUGACAUAAACUCCCAGAAACGUGAAUGUGUAAAUAUUUAAAAGGUUUGUUUUCAUUUGAAAAGAGCAACAUGUGUAUGUCAUAUUUUACUCUCGUUUGGGUCCGGUUUCAUGCAGCAACUGCGUCUUACUAAGUACACGUGAUUCAAAUAUUCUCAUCGCUAUGGCAACCCUAAGAGCUGAAGACAGACCAGGCAGUCGGGAGGGUAUUUCUUUUUGAGCAUCAGUGUUAAUGUUUGAGUUUUGUAGUUAAUAUUGUUAAAGCAAAUUCAAUUAUGUGUCACUAAAGUAUAACACUCCAGACAGAUUUGUGAGAUUUUGUUUGUUUAACUUUGAUUGUUACACAUUUGUUUACAUUUUUGUUUUAACUUUUGUCACAAUCAUGGUUGAAACUUUAGCCGUAGUUUAAUGAUGAUGAUGGUUGUUUUAUGUUUUUAAACGCCUCUGAGUCUCCAGAUAGUGACAUUAUGAAGAGGCUGCUAUGAUCUGUAAUUGUUUCAAAGCCCCUAGGACGCUAAUUGACAUCAUAUAUGAUGAUAAUUAAGUUGAAGAAGGAAAAAAAAAAGAAGUACAACACAUGUGCAGUCUAAUGCAAGACAGAGUACUUUCAUCCGUGGGCACAGUUUUGUUUUUUAUUUAUCAAUGGUUUUCCUGAACUUGUAGACAUUUUCGAAUUCAAAAGCAGUGUGCUAUUUUUUAAAUAAAUAAUUCUUUUAAAUAUG